GUUGGCUGUGUGUGUGGAGGACUGCGAGAGGCCCAGAGAGCUGGUGAGAGGGGAACACAGAUCAGUUACAGCAGCCAGGCCAGCAAGUGAUCAGAGAACUGAGAGGGUGGACGUGGUUUGGAUCUAAGACAGACGAGUCAGAAAGCCAGGAUUUCUGUCCAUACAGGUGGACCAUAUCGAGGUGUUAGUGUGGACGAGACAGGACAGGCGGUCAGGGGGCAGGGGCACAGACAGACAGACAGACAGACAGACAGACAGACAGACAGACAGGGAACACCUGGACCAAGCAGGGCAUUGAGUUACCCUGAGUAAGAGGAAGCUUUUUUUUCCUGAGUUUUUACAGCCACUCUCUCUCUCAGCUCGGCUGCAGAACAAAAGCAGAGGAGUGCAGCUGUGUUGCUGUGAUCUGAGAAGAGCAUGUUUGACUGUAUGGAGGCUCUGGGGCUGCUCCCCCGGCCCCUCUUUGAUGUGUCCGGACAGGGCUCCUGCAUGCUGGGGAAGGCCACCCCUUACUUCUCCGGCCUGGACCCCUUCGCCUGGGCCGGGACCAGCAGCAUCCAGUCGGUGGAGACCCAGAGCACCAGUUCAGAGGAGAUGGUGCCCAGCUCUCCUUCUCCUCCUCCUCCUCCUCGGGUCUACAAGCCGUGCUUCGUGUGCCAGGACAAGUCGUCCGGUUAUCACUACGGAGUGAGCUCCUGUGAGGGCUGCAAGGGUUUCUUCAGGCGCAGUAUCCAGAAGAACAUGGUGUACACCUGCCACCGAGACAAGAACUGUCAGAUCAACAAGGUGACCCGAAACCGCUGCCAGUACUGCCGGCUGCAGAAGUGCUUCGAGGUUGGCAUGUCCAAGGAAGCGGUGCGCAACGACAGGAACAAAAAGAAGAAGGACGUGAAGGAGGAGGUGGUGCUGCCAGAGAACUACGAGCUGAGCGGCGAGCUGGAGGAACUGGUGAACAAAGUCAGCAAAGCUCACAAGGAGACCUUUCCAUCUCUGAUGCAACUCGGAAAAUACCACACAAACUCAAGUGCUGAGCACAGAGUGCAGCUGGACUUGGGCCUGUGGGAUAAGUUCAGUGAGCUCUCCACUAAGUGCAUUAUAAAGAUUGUGGAGUUUGCCAAGCGGCUACCAGGCUUCACCACGCUCACCAUCGCUGACCAGAUCACCCUCCUCAAAUCUGCAUGUCUGGACAUCCUGAUGCUGAGGAUAUGCACCCGUUACACACCAGAGCAGGACACGAUGACCUUCUCCGAUGGCCUGACUCUCAACAGGACACAGAUGCAUAACGCCGGCUUUGGUCCACUCACAGAACUGGUGUUUGCCUUCGCCAGUCAGCUGCUUCCUUUAGAGAUGGACGACACUGAGACGGGGCUGCUUAGCGCCAUCUGCCUGAUCUGUGGAGAUCGUAUGGACCUGGAGGAGCCGGAGAAGGUGGAUAAGCUGCAGGAGCCACUGCUAGAGGCUCUGAAGAUCUACACCCGCCGCAGACGCCCGAACAAGCCUCAUAUGUUUCCGCGCAUGCUGAUGAAAGUUACGGAUCUCAGAGGAAUCAGCACCAAAGGUGCAGAGAGAGCCAUCACACUGAAGACAGAGAUUCCAGGGCCCAUGCCUCCUCUCAUCAGGGAGAUGCUGGAGAACCCCGAAGCUUUUGAGGACAGCAGUGAUUCAGGGGACAGUGCAGCCGCAGCUGAACCCCCAGCUGAACCCCCAACUGCACCCUCCGCCGCUCCCGCCAUUCAAGCCAUCAAGCAAGAGGAAAAAGCCACGUAUGAGUCGGCCGUCGAAGAGGAAGAGGAGGAGGAAGAGGACGACUACUGGGACGAGGAAAGAGAGCGAGGGCUGGACAGUGACGGGGAGCUGUGGGGAGAGGCGGCCGCGAUGAAAGCCGUGACUGGGAAAGCACAGUGAGAGAAACACAAUGACGCUGCUUCCUCUUCCCCCGGGUCACUGAGCCGCCACCCAGCAACAUCUCCGAGAAAACCUCAUGAUAUCAGGCUCUUAUAUAGAAACAUGUGGCAUACAGCACAUAUUUACAUAUACUGUACAUAUACCGGACUGAGAUUAAAAAAUGUGUUUUAAUCAGCAGAGGAAACAAGGAAUGGUAGAAGCUAAAGCACUAAAUGUCAGUGGAUGGAGGAGAGCGCCAUUUAAAACUCGCUGUGCCAAAAUGAGACUGUCUAAAAGAUAUUUCAAAAGUGUUUUGUCCACACGGGGAGGAACGAGAGGCGGUGGACAGAAGAAAUGCACUCCUCUAUAAGGGCUAUGCUGUGUAUAAAAUUGAUGGUAAAAUGCAUUGGAGCAACCGAUCUCUACACGAUGGAGUCCAUAUGCCGCAAAUGUCUUCUCAAAAUUCCUUUUAUUCCUAUUCAGAGAUAUGCUUCUUAUUUUUUUAUUGUAUGGUUUUUGUCCUAAGCAUGUACACAUUUCUGUGUUUUUGUCUUCAUGCCUGUUUGUGGGACUGUUUUUAUAUCUUCACUUACUCCUGCUCAUAUUUGACGCGACUCACAUGUUUUUUAAGCUUAAGUGUCUAAUUUUAUGCGUUUGUGCUUUAGUGGACACAGUAAAAACAGUAAUAGCAAAUAUCAUAGGACAGAGCAUAGCAAGAGCAGGACUCAAACUCACAAUGUGACAAGCACAUUGGUAUGUAAAUAAAUCUAUGAAUCCACAAAAUCAUGUUGAAGAGAAUAAUCCUGUGAUUUCAACUCUGGUGCUUUUGAUCCAAAUAAGAUUUUGAGAUAGAAUGCAAAAGAAAUACAGGGACAAAAUUCCGCCUCUCAACAAGAACCAACACUUUAAUAAAGGGGUAGAUUUCAUGUCAAUCUCAGGUUGAUUGUAUCAGGGUCUCGUCUCACCUGUCGUAAAAAAGUAAGAAUAGUUGGUAGGAACGCUCUGGUGUAACUUCCUCAUCUUCAAAGGAAAAAUCUUCUUACAUCAAGUAGCAGGAAAGUUGUUGACUCCGAUGUAUUCGCUCUUUGUACAUUAACCAGGUACAGGUAAGCCAUAUGAAAUUAAUUUUGUAAGAAUGGGCAAAUACAAUUAACUAAACAGACAAAACCCUUAAAAGCUGUUUACGUCACAGAAAACCUCAGGUGUGUAUCUGUAUGUGUGUGUGUGAGUGUGUGUAACUGAGAGCAUUUAAGAAUACAUAGAGUGAUGUUACUGACGCUAAUCCACAGCGAGCAUCUAUGCAAAAGUAAAAUUGGCAUAUCUUAAAAAUGCACACAAAAUGGGCUUUAUUGCAAAAAAAGUAAACAGAAAGAAAGAAGGCAUUCCCCUGAAGACGUCUGGUGUACAAGCUGAUCUAAAACUACAGUGAUGGCAACUAAUAUUGAACUUGAAAUCUCUGACGCAGCAGCCGUCCAACAAAAUCAAAUGUUGGAAACAAAUCUUUUCCAUUGGACGACCGGCCACGCUGAAGUUUAGGAACCACGGUUUCACAUGAUGUGUGUUCAUGUCUGCUGUAAUGACUGAUGCAACCAACGUGGAUUUUGUAAUAAAUACCUAUAAUCUGCUUUUCAUUGAAACGUUACAAGUUUUUUUUUUUUCAUGUAACAUAUAUGAAGUCAUUGUUUGUGUAAUGAAAUUCAGUGCACUCUGUCUUAUUGGAAUCUUCCACCAGCACGUCCUUCCUCUCGGCAUAAAUCAUUGAAACAUGCUCGAUGUACUUUAACAAUAUGAGGGAUAAAAUUAGUUUCACAUAACCGGCUCCUAUAUUAUCACUGUGACAAUAAACCACCUGCCAACUCUACAUACAAUGUUAUUUUGUAUUUAAAUAUGUUUCUAUAUCAUAUAAUCAUCAUAAUCUAUGAUUAAUAGUUUUCCAUUGUUCAAAACUGUUCCUCUUCUCUCAUUUGAGCUGGUGCAAUAAAAAGCCUUUGAGGAGACCAAAAACAUGUGUAAAUAAAAAAAAAGACCAAAGACAGAUAUUACAUUAUUAUUGGAUUAAAAAACAAAAUAACUCAAGAAAAUUAAAUAUGAGAGCCAAUGAUACAUGGAUGAAUAAUGAACUGUGGGCUGCAAGAGAUUCAUCAUGAUCUCAAUGACGUUCAAAGCUGGAAUCAUUUUAUCUCUGUAUUUUAUGCUUUUAAUUGUUUUCUCAUUUCUUUUUAUCUGAUGUCUUUUUUUGUAUCCACAGACUCUGUAGUGUACAAAUAACGUGUUCAUGUUCAGGGAUUCACACACCUCACAAGCUCUGCUUCAGGUGGACUUGAACCAAAAUAGCUCUGAUACAUAUUCACACACACACACACACACACACACACACACACACACACACACAAAUAAUAUAUCUGCUCUUCUUCAAACAUUUUCACGUAAAGUUAAUACCUUUUUUGUCAAUUUGUUGCUUAUUGUUUGCUCUGUUGUUAUUUGUUGAUUUAUUCCGUUGUAUUUUUAUAAAGGAUCUUUUUGUUCUCA